AUGGAGAGGACGCAGAUUAAGCGAAAGAUGGAACGUAGUGCCGGGAAAAUGCAUGUAAAGAAGAAACGGGAGUUAGAGUCGAAACCUGAGGAUUCCCCGCAACCAAUUGGGGAAUUGGUUAAGUUUCCUGGUCGAUACCCCACAACCAAUGCGUUUAUCCCCAAACGUCACUACGAGAAGUUCCACUUUCAUGGCAAAACAUACGCACUGGAGGAUACAGUGCUGCUGACUCCAAAGGGCGCAAACAAAAAGCCCUAUGUUGCGAUCAUAAAGGAUAUUUAUCUUUAUAUACGAGACAAGGAAGAAUCUUUGAAGCUACAGGUACAAUGGUUUUAUCGUCCAGAAGACUUGGACAAAAAAUACGUUAGACACUGGAAAUCCAAAGAUGCAAGGGAACUCUUGUACAGUCUCCAUCGCGAUGAAGUGAUUGCUGAAUCUGUGAUGAACAUUUGCUCUGUGUAUUUUGCGCCAGAGGGUAAGCAAAUCCCAAACCAUGGAGAGUACCCUGACUUCUUUGUGACUUGGUUUUAUGAUUGUUAUAUUAAGAAGAUUUGUAAGCUCUGUGAUAUAAUUUUCGACGACGACGAGCAACAACAAGAGCUUGAUCUUCUUGUGGCAAAGACGAUUUCGCAAGCUGGUGAUCUUCUUGACAUUGAGAAGAAGAAAAAGUUGAGGAGGAAAUCAAGGUUGAUCAAAUCCCACGAGCUAGUUGAUCAAAUCAAGGACGGUCUCAGUGUUGAUGAAGGAACGGCUAACAAUGAGGAGACAAUAGGAUCAACGUCUGAAAGUGUUAACUCUGAUUCUUAUCUCAACGAUUUUUGA